AUGCGCUUCUUCACCGUCCUCCCACUCCUCUUCGCCGCAGCUCUUGCAGCUCCAGCUACCAACGCUGUGGUCUCUGUUGCCCGCGCCCCAAAGCCUGGAAUUAGCGAUAUCACCGACAAGGCUAAGAGUGUGCUUGAUACAAAGACAGCUGAUGGUUGCGAGGUCGUUAAGUGUAUUGCUGCUCUCGCUCCGGCCUCGGUCACUUGUGCUGCUGCUUUGGUAGAGGAUGGCCUGAACCCAAUUGCGGAUGCGGCUUGCUUUGCUACCGCUUUGAACACUGCACUCAACCCUAAAAUAAUUCUUCCUUAG